GAAAUUAUUUCUAGAAAAUGAGCUUGAUCGAUCGGGGCAUAUUAAUCGGCUUACACUUAACAAUCAUUGAGGAUAGGAGCUCUCCUUCAACAUCCUACAAUGAACCGUACAAUCCCCCAAACCAUUCUCUCACUACUUCCAACCCUUAAUUCCGCCGAGCUCCCGCCGCAGCUCGUAGAUCUCGCUGGCUCCCUGCUUUCACAGUCGCGGCAUCUCCUCAGCUCGCUCAAGGCAGACGAGGAGAUUGCCAGGACCUAUGCCUGUGCUCAUAUAGCAUGCGACAGACUCAAGACCUCACUCAACCUUCCACCUAUUGAGCCCCGCCCACCGAUUCCGCCUCGUGUUUAUAAGCGACUAUACACCCACCUCGAUAGCAUAUUGCCUAAUAUAUCAACUCCUAAUCCAAGAUCUGGAGCUAGGGGCAAAAAUGGAGCGUUGACGACUCCCAGCAGUGUCAGGUUCCGGGAUGCAUUGGCCGAGUCACCAUCAUCGGGCCGGCGAGGCGCCAGGGGAGAGCGUCCAACUCCAAGUAAAGAACAAACGUUAGCACAGUUUAGGUCUUCAGGCACCAGCGGCAAAGGCUCAGCAAAAAUAUCGGUAAAUGAUCGAAUGGGAAGCUUAGCAAACGCAUCGAGAACCGUACAUCUUCCGCUAUGGCUACGUCCAGCGGCCCGUUUCGUAUGUGCCGAUCUGGGAGAGACACGCGUGCUUCCUUUUGUUAUGGCAGGCCUUGAUGCGAUCGUCUCGCCGCAUGGAAAACCCACAGAUGACGAAUGGGUACAACAGAACAUGACAGCGCUUUUGGCGGCUAUUGUGUUCUACUCCACACGCGCGGCAGCCAACAACGCAUCAAAUGCUGCCGGUAACGCCGAGGUGGCUGCCGCGGGAAGUUUGAGCAACGAGCAGUAUAAGGCUAUCGAGAAACGUCUUCUGAGUGCCAUGGCAAAAGCACGUCAAGAAGUUGUCGUGCCUGGCGCUUAUGGUGGGUCAUCUGGUCAUCCCGGUCAGGAGGCCAACGCCGAUGGAAACAGCAAAAAUGAUGGCUGGUCUCAAUGGACUGAGAUAAAGCCUAGAGGGCUCAAGCAAGCGUUAAUGAUGGUCAAUGACCGUAAGUGGCUCGAGGAUGACUGGUUCCGCGGCAUAGACGAUUUAGCAGAUGCUCAGGUCCUGGCCGAUACUCACAGUACAGGCAACGUCGCCAAUGAUGGCGUUCAGCUUCACAAGGCCGACACAAUGCUACAAGAAAGACACGACUAUCUUAGCGAGAGGAGACGACGGGACUAUCGCAUCUGGAAAGCUCAGAUUCUCAAAAAGAUCUCUGCCCUAGAGCAGACAUCCAUAAUUCCUAUGGAGGUUGAUUCAUGAAGAUUAACAUUGGACCGAGACCUUUGAGAUGAAAACUCGAUCAUGGCAUCUGGAGGAACGAGCUCAAGCGAGUAGCCCAUGGUCGUGUAUCUAAACUCCAACAGCCUGGAAACAUUUGAUGGCAUCAACGAUACUCUCGUCCAAAGUCCGCCACUUGAUGCCCAAGAUCUUGUUCGUCUCGGAGUUGUCGAAGCGGUAGCGCUUGUCUUCCGGCAUGAUGUCACCACCCUUGACAUCGCUAGGCGGGAGUUUGUCGGCGUACUUGUCUCCAAAGUGCUUCUUGGUCACCUCAUAUAUUUCGCGGUUGCUGAAGGUGCCCGCUGUCGUGAAAAGACGCUUUCCGCCUGCUUCGGGGACCUCCAUGGCGCGGAUGUGAGCUUCUGCAACAUCGCGCACGUCGAUCCAGAUAAACGCCAGGCCCGUGUCCGGAAUGGCGUUGUCCUCCUUCCACUUUCCGCGCAGCAGACUCACGAUGCGCUCAUUCGACGUGUUCACGGAUUCGAGAUUGGUGAAAUAGGGAACCACGGGUCCCAAAACCAUGGGCGGGUUGAUUGUAGCAAGGUCGAACUUGACAUCCGAGGCCGGGUCGCGGACAAAGGCCCAAGCUGCUUCCUCUGCCAACUUCUUGGAUGCUCUGUAUGCAUUGGGUUUGUCGUUCGGGUUCGAAAGCGCCUUCUCCAGAGUGAUGGGGUUCCACGAGGAUUCGUCGAACACAGUGUUAGGGUCCGUCGCGCGGUUCGGGUCGACAACGGCGGCAAACGACGACGUGAUCACCACCCGCUUGACGCCAGGGGCGGAGCGAGCUAUCGCCUUGAGAAUGCCAGUGGUCCCGAUCACGGCGGGAUCGAUGAGCUCCUUUGGGUCGCCUGGCGAUGGUCAGUCGACAUUGUCACUCCCAGAGUGACAGUCUAGGACUUACCGAUGUUGAAGUGGAAGGGGGACGCAGUGUGGAGAACAAGCUCGAUGCCCGGCAUCUUUACCACUUCGUCGAACGCAUCCGGCUUGGCAAUGUCUGGAACGAUGGCAAUAUCCAGCGCAUCCUUGUCAACGUUGGGGUGCGCAUCGCGGAUGAUCUUGGCCUUCUCUUCACUCCGCACGGUUGUGAUGACCUUGUAGCCCUUCUCGAGGAGCUGGUCAAGCGUGUGGGCUGAGGUGGUCAAGGUUUGUCAGUCGUCUUGGGACUCGUAUUUAUCAAAAUAUGCCUGAGUUCUCCUCAAUUCUUAUGGUUGACAUACCUGCUAUGAAGCCAGACCCGCCUAGAUUAGAGUUUCCAAGUCAGUCAUGAGAACUACGUUCUACGGCAUUUGCAUGCUUCGUAUUUUAUGGCGAGAUCCGUGCGGGGAUUUAGCUACCUGUGAGGAGAACCUUGGGUUUUGAGCUCAUGGUGACGAGGAGCAGUUGCUGUCAGACUGAUUUCGAGUGCAGUGAAGUACGACUAGAGACUAGGGAAUUCACACAAUCAAAUGGUUGAGAUAAGACACUUUAUGUUCGGAAUUAUCACCAGCAAACUGACGCGGAGACAGGUCGUCACGUCAUCUAUCUAUGCCAUCGCCCAGUACUAUUGUAGACUAAUGAUUGACCCGCAUAAACGCACCGGAUGC